AUGGCCGCCUUCCAGCACUACGCCCAAGCCCAAACCAAGUACGAGGUCCCCCUCCUCGCCAACGAAAACGCCUUCCUCGGCGACGUCCACACGUCGGACAAGGACGCGACGAACCCCAUCUCCGCCGGCUUCUUCCGCCUCAAGAACGGCACGCCCCUGACCUACACGUACAAGUACGACGAGACAAAGAUCAUCCUCGAGGGCAACUUCACUCUUGAGGACGCCACGGGCCAAAAGGUCGACGCCAAGCCUGGUGAUGUCUUCUUCAUCCCCAAGGGUGCCACCAUUACCUUCACCACGCCUGAUGAGGGCUUGGCUUAUUAUACUGGUGCUCGCAAGUACAUGGAUGUUUGA